GAGAAUCAAUAAAGAAUUUCAACAUUCAAACACGCAAGGCAAUUAUUUCGGAAAAGAAACAUUGACGAAAGCAAACAUUUUGAUAAAAUUCAUAUCCUGAAAUAAGAAAAUGGGUUGUGCAAACUCUUCGCUGAGGCCGCCGACUGAACAACCAACAGCCCUGCUUAGCUUUCGACAAGUCAGUAUGCCUGUACAUGGCUAUCUCCCAGUGUCAAACAGCAGCUAUACACAGACGAAUAAUCAGCCGAAUUCGUUUAACAUCUUCCAACCAGUGAUACAGGGAUCCGGUCCCGUCGAACUUUCAGUGCAAACAGAUCCGAAAUUACUCGCAAUGGCAUCAGUCGCAUCUUCGGGUCUAGGAAAUUCUACUGCGAGAAAACUUGACAAGAAGUCCGUGUCAUUUGAUGCUGCAAAUCUGUCAGACAAAGCACUUGAGAGGAUAAACGAGUUUUUGAUUUACUUAGAUAGAGAAGAAUUAAUGUUUAAGCGUUCAGAUACUGAAGUCAAUGACAUAAAAGAUGCAGUCGGUAAGGCAGUAGACAGCUUUGGAAAAUACAUUGGUAAAAAAUAUCCACUUCUGGCAGUUUCCCACAAGCAUGCCGUAGGAAGCUUUGCUGAAGGAACACGAUUGAAAGAACCAGAUGAGUUUGAUUUCAUCCUUGUUCUGAAGUAUUUCAAUGAAGAGAAUGUAAGCGUAGACAGGUGUAUGAAAGACUGUGAAGACAUAGCUGAUGUCAAACCUCAUGCGCAUAUUAAGAUCAGAAAUUUAGAAUGGUGGAAUGCAAAAGCAACUGAGACUGAGGAGUGGCAGGACAAUGGUACAGUUUGCAACUGGUUGGACUUUGUUGACAUGCAUUCGUUUACUUGGGCAGAAUGUGAAUGGAACGUUGACAUUGAUACACCGUCGGGAAAAUUGUCUAACUCAGAGACAGAUCUUGAGUUUACAAGUAAUGGGCCAGCUUUCACUUUUGAACUCCUAUGGAUUCCAAAGCAGGGCGAGCGUUUACAAAUAUCUAUUGAUGCAUCAUUAGCCCUAGAAAGAAGAGGUGUGACAGAAGUUAUAGAACUAGAAGAUGUGCCGUGCCAGGAGUUUAUACCUGAUCUACUAAAGGAGGAUACGCAUUUUAUCGUAUACGGAGAAGGAGAAGAUGGUUUCAAAUAUACCUUUACUACAACGGAGGUAAAACUUAUGCGAAAGAUAUCUGCAUCGCAUCGGCGGUGCUACAGAAUUUUGAAAUUUCUCUUCGCAGUUGAAAACUGUGGUGGAAUUGUUGAAACAUACAUCUUAAAAACGUUACUAUUGAGGCAUGCAAAUAGCUGCAUGGGAAAGGUCUACAUAUUUAAUUGUCUGUGCGACAUUUGUGAUAAACUAGAAGAUCUGUACAAAAAACGCAAAGGAGGAGUCAGUACUAUUUUUCUUCCAGACGUAAAAAAGAACAUAUUCGAAACCCCACAAAUCAAUAUAUCACGAUUUGUACUUUUUAUUGAAAAUGAGCUUAUGAAAAUUGGAAAAUCGCAUCAGUCUGAUAACAGCGCUUGUCUUGGACAACUACAAAUGAUGAUGCUUAUGAACAUUGCCAAUGACAUUUAAGGACUGCUACAGAUGAUGUUGCUUAAGACCAUUGACAAUGAACAUAAUAGGACUGUUGCAAAUAAUGUUUUGUGAACAUUGUCCAUUGAAGUUAGGGCCUGCUACAAGUGUCAAAUUAAAAAAUGAUUAUGAACAUUGUCAGUGAACUUUAGAGGACAGCUACAGACGAUGAUGCCCAUGCUCUACAAAUUAUGAUGCUUAUAAACAUCGCUAGUGAUCUUUAACCCUUACCUUGCUUAAUUUCUAUAAUGAACUUGUCCAUCAUUCAAUUUGGACAGUACCAUUAACUGUUAAAAGGGGUGCAUACCAAAAAAUUAUUGACAGAAUGGCGAACAGUGCAGACCAUGAUCAGACUGCACGGAUGUGCAGGCUGAUCUUGGUCUGCACUGGUCGCAAAGGCAAAAACCAGUCGCCGCCAGCAGGCUAAGGGUUAAGGGAUUUCUACAAUUGACGAGGGUUAUGAACACUGCAAAUGAGUUUCAGGAUUUUCUACAAUGUGAUGAUAGGAUUUUGAAUGAUAGAUAAACUUUAGUUUGCUGACGUCUAAAAUACUGUUUUUAACUGUUUGGCAUAUACUUACGACUGAGGUCUUCAGAUUCAAGGUAUUGCAGAGCUUAAAGAGAGUAAAGAUCUUGGACACACUUGAAAGUGAAGAACUUUUUGUUAAAUAUCACUGGACAAAUACAAUUCUAUGUCUAAACAUUACAUACCCGGUAUUUUGUCCUUAACAAAGUUUUGCUGUCAUUCCUACUGAACUAUCCAGAGUAAUUUCAUGGAAUAGAACAAUAAAUAAAGUCAAAUGUGCUAUUUUGAAUUUUUAUUUCAAAAAUUUCUGAAAAUGAUUGAAAUUAUUAUAAAUUAUACUAACGCUUAAAUUGAGUUUUAAUGGUAACUUCAAAACUUGUCAAUAAAUCUUGUAGAAAUGAAAA